UAAACACAUACGAAAUCGUAUCAAAAUGUAUAUUCCAGUGUCACUCAUCCUUCUUGUCCCUCUCCUUCUUUUUCUUUUCCGCCACCUCCUUUCACGGCGGUUAAGGCGGCGGAAACCUUACCCUCCCGGUCCCAUAGGCUUACCCAUCAUUGGCAAUAUCCUCAUGAUGAGCCAAUUCAACCACCGUGGCCUGGCCAAGCUCAGCCGCACAUACGGCGGAUUACUUCAUCUCCGCCUCGGAUUUUCCCAUCUUUUCGUAGUUUCUUCUCCUCAAAUGGCACGUCAAGUCCUCCAAGUUCAAGAUCACGUUUUCUCAAACCGUCCCACCACACUCGCAAUCCGUUACUUGACCUACGGGCAAUCCGACCUCGCAUUUAGCAAUUACGGCCCGUUCUGGCGUCGGAUGAGGAAACUCUACGUCAUGAUGCUCUUUAGCCGUAAGAGAGCCGAGUCGUGGGUCUCUGUCGACGAAGAGGUUCACAAAGCGGUCCGUUUUGUAGCGGUCAAUGUCGGAAAGCCACUAAACGUGUGCAAACUCGCAUUCUCCUUAACGAGAGACAUAACCUUUCGAGCAGCGUUCGGCUCCUCGUCGUCCACUUCUGAUGAAGGCCGACUAGACGAGUUCCUCGAGAUCAUACAAGAGUUCUCUAAGCUUUUUGGUGAGUUUAAUGUAGCGGAUUACGUCCCUUCGUGGCUCGGCUGGAUCGACCCGCAAGGGAUAAACGGGCGGGUCGAGAAAGCCCGAAAGUCUCUCGACUGUUUCAUUGAAUCCAUCAUCAACGAUCACUUACACAAGGAGAAGAGAGAACAAAACGUUGACGACGAGACCGAUAUGGUUGACCAGUUACUUGCGUUUUACAAAGAAGAAGUCAAAGUCAAAGACUCGGUGACCAAAAUUAAUCUCGAUAACAUUAAGGGCAUCAUCAUGGAUGUGAUGUUCGGAGGAACCGAGACGGUGGCAUUAGCAAUCGAGUGGGUCCUAACGGAGCUACUCCGGAGCCCCGAGAACAUGAAGCGGGUCCAGGACGAGCUAGCGUCUGUGGUCGGGCUCCAGCGGUGGCGCGUGGAGGACACGCACCUCGAGAAGCUCACUUUCCUAAAAUGUGUAAUCAAAGAGACACUCCGGCUCCACCCGCCGUUCCCUCUCCUCCUCCACGAGACGGUGAAGAACGCGGAGGUCUCCGGUUAUCACAUUCCAAAGGGGUCGCGCGUGAUGGUCAACACCUACGCUCUCGGGCGCGACCCGGAUUCUUGGUCCGACCCGGAAGUUUUCAACCCGGGAAGGUUUUUGGACACGUGUGCUCCGGAUCUGAAGGGAAACAAUUUCGAGUUCAUUCCGUUCGGGUCGGGUCGGAGAUCGUGCCCGGGUAUGCAACUCGGGUUGUACGCGUUUGAGAUUGCGGUGGCUCAUCUUCUGCACUGCUUUGCGUGGACAUUACCGGACGGCGUGAAACCCGGUGACGUCGACACCGUAGAAGGGCCGGGUCUCACCGUUCCUAAGGCGAUUCCUUUGGUGGCGGUGCCGAACACGCGCCUCAUGUGCCCCAUCGUUGUUUCAUCAUCUUAAAGCUUGAAAAGCCUCCAAGUUAAUUAGAAAACAAGAGUUUUCGUUUGAUAAUUGACUUGUAAUAAGAAUUGUUAGAACAGUAAAAUGAAUAAAUAAAUAAAUAAAACGUACCAGUUUAUAUUAAUUAAAAUAUAUAAUAGUAGUUCAGGAAAUUUA